UCAGCAGCCAAUAGCCAUGCACAUGUCCAUAGCAAACCCCUCCUCUAUCCACAUAUAUUCCUCACCCUCAUUAAUUUCCUUAUCCUCCUCCACCUCCAAAACACCACAAAAAUGGCGCUGAGUCCGAAAUGGGUUUUUGUUGUUCAAAUCUUGUUGACUCUGAUCAAUCUGAAUAGAGCCACUUCUUCUUCUUCUUCAGACCCUCUUGUUCAGCAAGAGUUGGACAAGGUCCUUCAGCUCCCAGGCCAAACCUUUAAUAUCUCCUUUGCACACUAUGCUGGGUACGUCACUGUGAAUGAGUACACUGGGAGGGCUCUAUUCUACUGGUUCAUUGAGGCUGCUGAAGACCCUUCGUCUAAGCCUCUGGUUCUUUGGCUCAAUGGAGGGCCUGGAUGUUCUUCCAUUGCUUAUGGGCAGUCGGAGGAAAUAGGGCCGUUUCACAUCAAGGAAGACGGGAAGACCCUUUAUUUGAAUCCAUACUCUUGGAAUCAAGCUGCCAACAUUCUAUUUCUUGACUCCCCUGUUGGAGUAGGCUUUUCAUAUUCAAAUUCUUCCUUUGAUAUAUCAAGCAAUGGAGAUAUAAGGACCGCUAAGGACUCAUUAAAAUUUUUAUUGGAGUGGUUUGAGCGUUUUCCACAAUAUAAAGGAAGGGACUUCUACAUUACAGGAGAGAGUUAUGCAGGGCAUUAUGUUCCUCAGCUAAGUCAAGCAAUUGUAAGGUACAAUUUCGCAACAAAGGCAAAGUCAAUUAAUCUAAAGGGUUACAUGGUGGGAAAUGCUCUGACCGAUGAUUUCCAUGACCACUUGGGGUUAUUCCAGUUUAUGUGGUCAGUUGGUAUGAUUUCUGAUCAAACAUACAAGCUACUGAAUGUGUUUUGCGACUCCCAAUCAUUUAUACUGUCCUCGGAGUUGUGUGAUAAGAUUAUGGACAUUGCUAGAGAGGAAAUUGGAAACAUUGACCUAUACAGCAUUUUUACUCCUCCCUGCAGUGUCAAAAUUGGAUUUUCAAAUCAGCUGAUGAAAAAAUUGAUUACGGCCGGUGGCAUCAGUCGGAAGUAUGAUCCAUGCACACAGCAGCACUCAGUUGUGUACUACAAUCUACCUGAGGUUCAACAAGCACUUCAUGUUUAUGUUGAUAAUGCAACAUUUAAAUGGGCAACCUGCAGUGAUGAGGUUUCUACUACUUGGAAAGAUUCUCCCAGGUCGGUGCUAGACAUUUAUCGUGAGCUGAUACAUGCGAGACUCCGUAUUUGGAUAUUCAGUGGUGAUACUGAUGCCGUAAUCCCAGUUACAUCCACCCGAUACAGUAUUGAUGCUCUCAAGCUUCCCACUGUGAGCCCAUGGCGAGCUUGGUAUGAUGACGGACAGGUUGGAGGAUGGACCCAAGAUUAUGCAGGGCUUACCUUCGUUACAGUGAGGGGAGCAGGGCAUGAAGUUCCUCUGCAUAAACCCAAACAAGCGUUCACACUCUUCAAGGCCUUCUUAUCAGGAGCCCCAAUGCCCUACAUGGAACAAGUAAGCGACUCUUGAAGCUUCUUCUCCUAUGAUUGGGAGAAAAGACUACCGGUGACAAUAGUUUCCAUAUUGUGAGGUUAUUUGGAACCUAAAAUGUUAUUUCUUUGAACGUCUUAAGUGGCUCUAGCAGACAUGCAUUUGCAAAACAUCAUGCUUUCCAUUUUAACUUAGUACUCUUUUAUAAGUACCAAUAAAUUGCAUUUCAUAGGGAUGUUCCAUUCCAAAAAGAA